CCUUUUCAAGUUUAAAGAUCCUUAAAAACAACAACAUAUACGUUUCUCAGUUUUUCAAUAUCUUUACAAUAUGGUUAAAUGUCCUUUUGUGCUCAGUCUUGAUGCCAAUAGGGUACCAAUAUUAUUUUUAUGGAUCUAAACGGAUGGAAAGUCCAUAUCAUUGGGUUUAGUCUGCGAAUAAGACUAGUGAGCGGAUUUCGUUCACACUUGACACUUAUAUAUUAUUCAUAUGCAAUCUUAUCACGACUUUAAAAUCGAAAAGUCUUGCCAUCAGGAUAAAAAAAAACUAAACCAAUUACCUUCUUUGUUUGGUUGUCUCCAAUUACACCAGAAUACAAUCCUAUUUUAUGGACUUUUUUCUACAGAAUCUGUGUUUUAAUGGUGGUUGAACAUGCGUGCUUUGAGAGUGUUUCACCAGAAAAUAACAUGAAAUUUUAAGAUUUUUCCCCUUCAGAUGCAGGUGUUCUAAGUACAUUAAAAAUGAAGGACUUGAUUUGGUAUAUUAAAAUGGAACUCAUUAUUGAAUACCGACAUUUUUUCUGAUUAAGAUGUCACCGAAAAACAUGAUAUCUACACAAAUGUUUCUAUACAUUUUUUUAUCCUUAGGUGCAUAUGUAGAUUUGUGCCACGGUUUAAGGAACUCUACCUUUUUCUAUCUAUUGAGAGUAGCCAAUAUUCACUAUCAUUUUUAUCGUAAUGGAUGUUAUUUUUAGUUUCAAAAGUUGAUUAGAUUUUUAAACUUCUGAUUUCUCUUCUUUUUAGGAUUGUGCGCAUGAAUAUUAGCAAUCCAAACUUAUUAAAUGGAUUUUUUGUAUCUUUUUUUAAAUCAUAUUUCUCUUCUGAAAAACACUAAUAUCCAACUCUCCGAGCUUUAUCAUGCUUUUAGGAUUUUUGCUAAAUAAUGAAUUAUGAAUCCUUUAUUUAAAUCAGAUUCUAUCUGGUCCUCUCUUUUUUAUAAAAAAAAUCCAUUUUCUGAAUGAAGAAUAUAUCCCCAAUGGUGUUUACUAAAUCAGAGGAAGUAUGUCCUCACUGUUGGGAUGAAUCAGCUUUGCGACUUCCCGCUUUAAGUGUGGUUAACAAAGAUGAAUGUGCCUAUUGUUGUCACACAUGCUCCAUGAAUGAAGGUAUAUACGUAUGCAUGAACUGCUUUACUGGUGUCUGUGCCGAUCACGUAUCUAAACAUAUGUCCUUGUUUCCAACGCAUACUAUGUUCACACUGGUCAACGAACUUCCAGAGGAAAAGCACAAUGAGGAGAUGAAGACCACAUCCCAAUUAGGUGUGGUGCGAGCAAAGGAGUACACAUACACGGUUAGCUGUGGCGCAUGCAGGUUCAACUUUAAUAGCGUCCCUGAGCUAGCUGUGGAAAGCUAUUAUGGUAUUGCACAGGCUUCUUUACCAGGUGCCCAGGAUGCCGUGAGCGAUGCCCAAAAUAUAGGGUUCGUGAAACCACAAUGCCCCCAUUUGGUGUGCCUAGAGCAAAUGGCAAGUCCGUACUCUGAGGGUGUUUUCCCCUCGUCCGAGAGCACCUGUUCCGUAGAGGGGUGUGGUUGCAGUCUCAACAACUGGAUGUGUAUGACAUGUGGGGCUGUCGGCUGCCCACGGCUGGAGUCGAAUGGAAAAGGGCAUGCCCUUCAGCAUCACAAGCUCACACAGCACCCUGCUGUUGUCAAACUUGGGACCAUCACUCCGAAUGGCGCUGACUUCUACUGCUACCUCUGCGAUGAUGAAGUUUCCGAUGUGCACUUCGUUACCCACAUGGCGCAUUUUAGUAUUGACGUAGCGACGUCGAAAAAGACGGCGAAGACUAUGGGAGAGAUGGAAUACGAUUAUUCUAUGCAGUGGAACUUUAAGCAAAUUAUGGAGGAUGGUGUGGAUUUGGUGCCUUUGUACGGUCCUGGGCGCACUGGUAUAUAUAACAACGGCAACACGUGUUACAUUGCAUCCGUGCUGCAGAGUCUCAUGAGCCUAGACGCAUUUCGUGAAGCGUUUUUUCCAAGCUGUUCAUGCCCCCAUCAAGACCACUGCAAAGCCGUUCCUUACUCCUGUAGAACUUGUCAGACUGAGCGGAUAGCUGCUGGCUUGCUCUCCGGAGAAUUCAGUAAGGCUGAUGAAGAGAGUAAGGGGAUUAGCCCGCGUUUAUUCAAGAAAGCGUAUGCCGGAAAUCAUCCAGACUUUUCAACACAUCUGCAGCAGGAUGCACACGAGUACUGUUUGUAUUUACUAGAGGAAAUUAAACGCCAUACAAAACCAGUCAAUCAGCAUUCUACUUCAUUAAACCCAUCUGAAGCAUUUGAAAUGUUGAUGGAACAGCGCCUAGAAUGCACCCAAUGCCAUUCGGUACGGUAUACCCUAAACAAAGAAAAGUGUCUUUCACUGUCUAUUCCUAUUAUGAAUAAUGCACCCAUGGCCAACUUAACGACAGAGGAAAAAGAAGCCCAGAUACCGCGCUGUUCACUGGAGGAUUGCCUCCAAGGGAUGAUAAGCCCAAGCAUGGUCGAAUGCAAGUGUGAAGCUUGUGGAGAAGAUGUUGUUUGCAAGAUUACUACGAGAAUACAUAGCUUUCCUGAUUUUUUGCUUGUGCACCUGCGUCGUGUUAACUUUGACAUGAAAACCUUCACUGCGAAUAAGAUGGAUGUUUACGUUGAUGUUCAAGAGGAAAUUAACUUGGAGGCUUACCGUGGGCAUGGGCUGCAAAAUAGUGAGGUUGAGAUACCUAAGGCCUCAGACAAUAUCCAACAUAAGCCGUCCAAGGUGCUUGAUGUCGUCGAUGUAGACGAGGUGGCGCUCGCGACCAUUAUGAGCAUGGACAUUGAGCCUGAUAUUGCAGUGUACGCACUUCAUCAAACCAAUAUGAAUGUGGAACGUGCACUGGACUACAUCUUUAGUCAUCCAGAUAUCAAACGUGAGAUAUCCAUCAAUAAUGUUCAACACAACAAUCUCGCUAACUCUUCUUCGAAGUUUACAGAGUUAUCUUUGUUUUCCCCAACGGAUGGUGCGCCAUCCUACAGGCUAAAGGCUAUGAUUAGUCAUAUGGGGUCAAAUUCAAAAUCAGGACAUUACGUUUGUCACGUUCAAGACUCGGAUACUCGUCAGUGGAUGCUGUUUAAUGAUGAAAAGGUAGGCAUUUCUAAAAAUCCUCCAUUUUCCCUGGGAAUGAUGUAUUUUUAUGUUCGACAAUAA